UCUCCGUUCCCCCGGCAGACAAAGAAAGGCGUGAAGAGGAAAGCAGACACCACCACUCCCACCGCCAUGGACCCCAUCCACGACUCCUCCUCGCUGCCCGCCGAGCCCAAGGCCACCAAGCUGGGCCCGCGGCGCGAGAGCGGCCGGCCCGUGAAGCCCCCCAAGAAGGAGAUGCCGGACUCGCAGCAGCAUUCCGUGGAGCUGCGCGGCUCCAAGGCCUCGGAGCAGCUCAAGUACUGCGGGGGCAUCAUCAAGGAGAUGUUCGCCAAGAAGCACGCGGCCUACGCCUGGCCCUUCUACAAACCCGUGGACGUGGAGGCGCUGGGGCUGCACGACUACUGCGACAUCAUCAAACACCCCAUGGACCUCAGCACCAUCAAGGUCAGCCGGGGGGGAAAAUGGGGAAAAAAUGGAUUUUAG